UAUAGCAUGAAGAGGAAAUACUUACAUUCGUUCAUGGACGCACAGAUUAUACUUCCUCUAAAAGGUAGCCGUCCUCUGCUAGAAAUGCGCACUUUACGCCUAUUCUCGGUCCCAGAAUAUGCAGCGCGCAUGACGUAGAACAAUAACAGGAACUAACUGACUGGUUGCUAUGGGAACGAACGCAUACCAAUGGAAUCUUCCUAACAGGAGUAUUAAAAUUGCUAAUAAAAUCGUUUAGAAUUAUUUUAGAUGCAUAUACGUAUGUUAUAUUUUUCUUAUAGUGUAUUCGACGAGGAAUACGAUAGACCCAUUAAUAGACUUUUUAGGAAAAAUCACCAUUUCUUUAAGUAGUCUCAUGAGUCAUGACAUGGCCUGUAAAGUCAAUGUAAUUUCACUUGGCAACGCCUCUCUCCAGGUUACACUUGAUGAGAAAUCUCGCCAUUGGUAAAUAUAUUUUCGCGCUUGUCGAUUCGCAAGUGUGUAACAUGCGCAAAUUUUAAAAUGUAAAUCGUGCUGGUUGGAACCGAUAAGAGAAUCGUUAGAAAAAUUGCCAAUCGAUUCCAUGGUAUCCGAACACUCGGAACCGGUUCUCUUUAAGAACCGGUUCUCGAAUCCCAUCCCUAGUACUAAUAGUUUUGGCUAGCACUGUAUAGCGAAUUUAACUAUAAUGAACAAUUUUAGAUUAGGGUUGGAAUGGAAGCUAAUUAACGCUAAUAUGCUAGCAAUCUACCUGUGUGUAUAAUUGUAACAUAAUAAUAAUAACAACAUGAAUAAGGUGAUACACACAGGCAGCCAACAACCUCACUAGCUUUUUACAUGACAAUGCAUUAAUAAUCGGAAAACAUAAAUGCAGUUUUUUUUCUUAAAUUUAGAAUGGCCCCCACAUGUAUGAAAAGUUAUUUAUUUUCAUAUGCGUAAAUUCCAUUUUAAAACAUCACUAUCAGCUUGUAAAUAAUCAAUGUGAUGUCAUAAAUUGUAAACAGUCACUUAGAGAGAAAGAGAGAGAGUAGAAUUGGGAGAAAGAGAGAGAGAGAGAGAGAGAGAGAGAGAGAGGCUGCAUCUCAUCAGACUUGGAUACUCAGUUACCGACGGCAACAGAGCAAUGCUGCACGACCACUGUAAACAAGAACUCCAGGCGGCCUCCAAUGGCGCCGAUGUCGACUGCCCGCCGCCCUCGCCUCCCCGCACCGCACCUCCCACCACCAAGUCGGCCCAUUUCUUUGACACUAUGGACAAGAUGGAGCAGGUUCCAGAAGCUGCUGAGAUGAAGGCCGUCCCUCCGAGGCAGAAGGAUGACUACAUACCUUAUCCAAGGAUUGAGGAGGUAUUGGAGAAGGGAGGACCAUUCCCCCAAGUCAUCCUCCCCCAGUUUGGAGGUUACUGGAUAGAGGACCCCGAGGAAGCAGCGCCCCUUCCCGCCACCGGUAGAGACGAAGUGUUAGAAGGAGUAGACGAGGCACAGGAAAACGCAGGGGGCGGCUAUCGUCUGGAAGAGUCCAACCAAGCCGCACGGGCGUACAGGAAGUACUUUUUGGGCAAGGAGCAUUUAAACUUUUCUUGCCCGUGCAGCAGUGUCGGAAACUUGUUGUUGUCUGUCAGGCAUGAAGAGGAGAAUCAGCAGGAACACCUCCACAUCAUCAUCAGGUCUCGAGUGAAGACAAUCUAUCAACGGCUGUCGGUGACAGAACUGCCCGAUAUACCGAGUGUGCAAGAGCUGGUUAAGCUGCUAGGCGAAGACGCAGCCGGCCUCCGUUUCAGUCCUGUCCUCUACCCGAAGGCGUCUCAGCUGAUUGUCAACUACGACGAGCACGAGGUCAACAACACGUUUAAGUUUGGAGUCAUUUUUCAACGCUUUGGACAGGUUUCCGAGGAAGAGCUGUUCAGGAACAACGAAGAAACGCCAGCGUUCCAAGAGUUUCUCCAGCUGCUGGGCGACACUGUGAAACUACAGGACUUUAAAGGGUUUCGGGGAGGUCUGGAUGUGUCCCACGGUCAGACGGGUUCUCAGUCAGUUUAUACGGUCCACAGACAGCAAGAGGUCAUGUUCCAUGUCUCCACCAAGCUUCCCUUCACAGAGGGAGACAGCCAACAGCUCCAGAGGAAGCGUCACAUAGGAAACGACAUCGUAGCCUUAGUGUUCCAGGAGGAGGCCACCCCCUUCGUGCCAGACAUGAUCGCUUCCAACUUCUUACAUGCCUUCGUCCUCGUGCAGGUGGAGGAUCCCUGCUCGGAGAACACCAGCUACAAGGUGUCCAUUACGGCACGAGAGGACGUGCCACCGUUUGGCCCCCCUCUACCGAACCCAUCUGUUUUUAAGAAGGGUCCAGCGUUUCGUGAAUUUCUCCUCACUAAGCUCAUCAACGCAGAGCUGGCCUGUUACAAGAGCAUCCGUUUCGCUCGACUAGAGGAGCGAACCAGGUCCGCCCUCCUGGACACCCUCAACGACGAGCUGCAGAGACGCUCCCAGAGAAUGCUGGGAUUGACGCAGACUCUCGACGAGGAGGCGCGGGCCGAAAAUGGACAUGCACACGGAGGUCUGCUGGAAUCCAUCAAGAGGGCCAUGCGAGGACGAAGCGUCUCCAUGGAGACCAUGUCAAGGGGUGGCGGCGGGUUGCCGACCAGUCUGAGUGGCGGGGGGUUGGCGCAUAUUAGUGCAGAGUGUAACGUGAAGUCUCCGGUGAAACGAAGAUCGGGGCUGUUCCCUCGAUUGUUGAGUAUCGACAGCCAAACAGACAAGCACAACCAGAGAAGUUUCCUCGGUGACCAGAGGAGCUUCGACGGUUGUCAGCCCAUGUUGGAGGUGAAGUCAGAGCUUCCGUCCAAUCCCAGCUCUCCAGAGGCGGGGCAACGAGACAGAAUUUGCAUGAAAAAGGAUAGCAGUAAAAUUUCCAGAUCCACUUCCAGCACAUGCAGCUUCAGCCUCCCCGCAGAUGAAACCCAUCAGCUUGUCCAUGCGGUGACAGGAGAGGGUCAAAGUUCAAAUCCGCUCACCAUCUGUCGGAGCCCCACAGAGAUGAAAAAUAAGAACUCCCCACGAUCCAACCUCAAGUUUCGGUUCGACAAACUGAGCCACUCUGCGGCGCAGGGACACUAGACCUAAAGGACAAAAAAGACCCUCGAUCAUCCAAAAGAUGGAUUUGCGUGACCAAAGAGGACGACGGCGCGGCACAGUGACUUUUGCUACGUGGCUUCAAUCAUUUCCAACUAGUUUUUCUGUCAUAUCUGAUUUUGAAUGGUUGGCACUUUGCAAGUCAGCCCUACGUGAAUGGCCGAUGAAUGAGUCAUUUCAGCAGAACCAACCCUCAAGAUGUCACAGCGCUACCACUCACUUAGCAGCACUGGCUUGGAGGCGAGUGACAAGAGGAAACUAGUUAAAUGAAUCAUGGGAAAUCUAGAUGAGCUAAUUCCAUCAUCCUGCUCUUCUUUUAUGGCCUUUCCCAUUUGUUUUUGAAAAUAUGUAGUACAACAAUUCUCAAACACUGCAGUAUCAGCACCUUGGAAUCUGAUUUGAUCAGUUUCAGUCAACUAGAGCAGUAAAACUGUCAUAGAUGUAUGCAUUAAAUUCAAUACUAAUGUCAGGGAGAGAAACCCAAGAGGGUUGACACUGAAAAUUGUAUUUUUGUGUGGAAUAUAAUUGACAAAUGCAGCACUUUCUUCCCGCAAUAAUAGGAGAUAUUUUUAUCACUUAAAAGAAGUCCAACAACAGGAGUUGUAAUCAGAAAUUGGAAGAAAAUAUCACAUUGCCACAUCCACCCAUAUUUAUUUUGAAUAUAGAUUUUCGACACACUCAGAGAUGCCAGACCCUAAGUAGGCCUGCACUUUUUAAAAUCAUAAUUGACUGAUGAUAAUUGAUUGAAUACUAUUUAGUUGACUAAAACAGUUUGAGAAGCACUGGUUUAAACAAUUCCAGUAUGUCAUGAACUCCACCGCCUUCACGCUGAAAGCACAAUAUAUUUUGUUCCCUCUGUGUGUAAAGAAGAUGUUCAAAUGUAGCAUGUUUGUUUCUGUCACUACAUCCUGAUCGAGAUGAUCAUUUGUGCGUGUUUAUUUCACGUAAAAUGUUGCUGUUUGUUUCUAUGAAUGCAAAAGGCACUGUAAAUGAAGUAAAUGUAAAAUUGCUACACUUCCAGGCAACAAAAUUCAAUAAAGUUUCAUCAAAAUGAGUUCUUAACGUGAUGCUCAACCGACACUAAUAUAUUGUG